CACACGGGAUCAGGGGGAACGAAGUCUGAAACUGCACUUACACCGAGUCAAAGUUGCUGAAAGCUGCUGCGUCAGUGAGAUCGGACAAGUGGAAUGACCAAUCACUCAUCACACUGCAACGGCAUGCAGAGCCUCCGGAAGGAGCACCUGUACAAGGUGCUGGUUAUCGGAGACCUGGGGGUCGGGAAGACCUCUAUCAUCAGGCGGUAUGUCCACCAGACCUACUCCACCAACUACCGGGCCACCAUCGGGGUGGACUUCGCCCUGAAGGUGUUGAACUGGGACUCUGAGACUGUGCGGCUCCAGCUCUGGGACAUUGCAGGUCAGGAACGUUUCGGAAACAUGACACGUGUGUACUACCGUGAAGCCAUGGGAGCCUUCAUAGUGUUCGAUGUGACACGAGCCACGACCUUUGAGGCCGUCAUCAAGUGGAAGGAGGACCUGGACUCCAAACUAAUGCUGACUAAUGGACAGAGUAUUGCCACUGUGCUGCUGGCUAACAAGUGUGACCAGGGCAGGGAGCUGACCAACAACGGCAUCAAAAUGGACCAGUUCUGCAAGGACCACGGCUUCGUCGGGUGGUUUGAGACCUCAGCUAAGGACAACCUCAACAUCGGUGAAGCUGCAAACUUCCUGGUAAAGCACAUCAUGGCCACAGAGAAUGACAUUCUGAAAAGUGUAAUACCAGACACCAUCUCGCCACAGUUCGACUCCAACAGGCAGAUGAGCUGCUCCGGCUGCUGGAAGUAAUCAAAGGACGGAGUGAUGGCGGGACAGAACAGAAUGGAGACACAGUGGGACAAAGAGGGACAGGCACACCACAAGGAAACGGCACAGUAUGGCGUCUUUGGUCCAAACUAGAGUUGAAGAUUUUAGUUUGGUGCGUGUUUGUGUUCUUAGUGUCCAACUACAGGAGAACCAAAGCUUGAAAACAAAAAUCACAUGGACUCAGAAGUUGAACAUUUAUUGAACAGAGCUUUGGUAACUCGUCAUACUGUGAGUUUGAAGUACUUGGCAGAUCAACAAGUAUAACUUGUCUAUGCUCCUUGGCGUGAUUAUUCGAAGUAUGUAACAGCCAAACUUUCUUUUUGGGACUGUUCUUUUUAGCUGGUCAAGGUUACAUUCUCUUCUACCAACAGUUUACUUGGAAAAGGACUAGUGACUGGCACUCAACCUGCUGGACCAAACUACAAAUGGACUAAAUGCUCCCAGCAAACUUGAUGCAACACACCCAAAGCUGGGCUGUGAUUACAGAAGGAAAACAGGAGUGCUGUUAACAGUUCUUCACCAUUUCAAGCAAGUGUAAUUUUGUUGCUGUUCUCCCUCUAUUUACCUUCACCUCCAACUUUGUGGAGAAAACAAUGGGUACGUUUACAUGCACACUAAUAUUCCACUAUUAUUCUGAGUAUGAUAAUAUUAUGAUUUUGAUACGGUUCAUGCAAACAGCAUAUUCGUUUUGGCCUUUUUCCAAAUGAAGUAUUUUCCGAUUAAGACAUAUUGGAUUUGCCAAAGUUAUUCAGGUUUUAAUAGCAUUCUUGGGGCAUGUAUAUAGUGCAUUCUGUAUAUGCGUCUCAGUUGGGGAUUUUAUCACAGUUUGCGACACACGGCCUCUUGUCUGUUUACGAUCGGCUAUGUGCCUUGUCACGGAUGCGCUGUACACAAACCAACUAGUCCACAGUUUGCAAGGCUGCAGAUAAGAUGCAUGCCCAGGACAAGUCCACAUUUCUAGUGUGAAUGACAAACACACCUACUUUUAAACAUUAUAUACUAAGACUUGGAUAUCAGUUUUUUGAAUAUGCUCAAAUAUCAUAAUGCCAACCUUUUCAAGAAGGUAGUUGAAGGAAUUAAAGAGGAAAGCUGUGGUCACACGCUCAAACAAGUCCUCCACGAGUGGAAAACUUUGUAAAAGUCCUGGCACAAGUGACAGCCAUUCAACAUUUUCACAAUUAGACGUGAUAAAUGACUUAUUAGGCCGCGUUAGUCAGAGUAUGCAUGGCUGCAAAUAAACAAGAAUAUUAAUGGAAUAUUCUGGGGUUGCAUGAUAAUAUUGGCACGUCAUCAGUAUCGGCUGAUAUUGGCUUUAAAAUUAAGUAUCAGAAUCGGCCAACAUGCUUUUUCUUAAUUUGCACAAUGAAUGAAUAUUACAUACGUUGAAAAGCAUUGUACUUCAUAUCUCCAUCUGCUGGUGGGCCAUCAUGAUAAUAAUAGACACGGAUAAUAUGAUAUUAAUUCCACUACAGAGGAGACUGGAUGAUCACUAAAAUUAGGUAGAAGAUAUUGAUAUCAGUUAUCGGUCAAAAAAGUUGUUACAUAUUGGAUAUUUGCAAAAAAAAUCUAGUGUUGUUCAUCCCUAUGACAUUCAUUUUCAUUAGACAUAUAAAGAGCUUAGUAGGCAUAUUGUCAUUUUCAGAAUAAGGGCAAAAAAAUGUAUAUAUUUUGUGCAUGUAAACAUAGUCAGUGUAGCUUCCUUUAUUCUGCAAGAGCCAAAGAAAGCAGUAUUGACCACUUUCAGUGGAUCCCACAUUGUGUAAUUAUGUGAAUUUUGCACAUACAUAGAUUUUUUUAAAUAAUGAUUUUAAGUUAUUUACAGUAUUCUUUUAUGAGUGUUAUGCUGGUCUAAUGUAUGAUGUUAUUCUGCUUAAAAUCUUUCCCACAACUGACUAUUGUGUGAGCCUUAUUUAAUCAGGCAAGUUACGUCACAACACAUUUAGAACAACAACUUGGUCAGCUGCGAGGGAGAGUUAAAUGCUUAGACACACAAACAUCUUUGAGCUUGCCUAGCGUAACUCUUUCAUAGCCAGUGGGCACUUCCGCUGGAGCAGGUCAGGUUGAAGUGAUCAAAGGUUUGUCAAACAUGUUUGUUUGUUAAUGGAAGAAAGUGGCUGUUCAUUUGUCUACAUCUGGAUUUAUUUUCACCAGAACUGGUUAGUUUGUGCAUGUGUGUUACUUUUCUUUACCAGAAGGAAGAUUGUGUUGAUUGUCUGGAUGCAAACUGGACACUCUCAUGAGUUCACUUUCCAAAGCCUAACCCUCUGUAUCCAUGGUAACUAGAUCAUUUUUAUGGGUAUCCUCUAACAUCCGUGUGAAGCUAUUUCUUGCUGUACUCACAACCGUACAGGCACACACACACAUACACACUUAUGCACACAGACUCUUUCUCUCUCCAUGUUCUUGUUCCUUUUUUUACCUCAUCUUUCCUCCUUCUCCACUCCAUCCUCCGUUAUUGUUUCUCAUCCUGAAAAAUUCUCUGUCUCUCUCCCUAAAUAUGGCUGCUUCCACUGUCUUUCUUUAUUAUGUCCAAUGCCUCUCUUCUCCCUACUUUCUCUCAUUCUCUGAUUCACAUACAAUAUGUACAGCACAUUAUAUAAUCCUGCACAGGCUCGACUGCACACCCGGAGAAGCAAAACCUUUAUUGAUCCUUUCUGUGAAGUUUUUUGCACUUCUAAGUAUAGAAUUUGUCUGAAUUAUAUUUGUCCACUGCCAUCAGUGUCUUGUAUUUUGUCUUACUAUAACUUAAGACCAAGAAUAUUUGUGACCUUAUA